UGAGCCUUAAAUGCAAUCAUCUGAGUUGGCUUAACAAUCAAAACUAAUUGAUUCUUUAAAAUAUUAAAGCAGAUCUCACUCUCACAACUUAUCUGUCAUCUAAUCUAUCUCUACAAAACAAUACCAAACCUUUUUUUAUUUUUUCUUUUUGACUUUUUUUUUGUUUGUUUGUUUGUUUGUCAUUUUUUCUGUUGAUUUUUUUUUGACAAAUAUUUUUUCUGUUAAUUCAUUUUAGAAUCCAUGUAAUAUUUAGCUGGAUACCUCUUAAUGGCUCUGAACCCGAGAUGCGAAAAGAAAAACAAAGAUAGAGCUUCUGAAACAAAUUGUUUAAUGUAAUUAAUGAUUCUCUAACCUGCUCCUUCUUUCUCCAAAUAUACUUUUUCUUAUUCUAUGCAUGUGUACAUAUAAAUAUAUAUAUAUAUAUAAAUAUAUAUAUAUAUAUAAAUAUAUUAAAGUUCCCAUUAGUCAUUACCCACAUCUUCCUUUUAUAUAUAUUCAUUUCAGCCAUAGCCAUUGAUACCCAACAAAAAUUAAGCUUCAAAUCCAUAUUGCAUAUGUUCACGUUAGUUAAGUAUCAUAUUACUGAUCUGCAAAUCCAUUUGGUGUUGAAAUCCAAAGAAGAUGAAGUUUGGGAAAGAAUUUGCGUCUCAGAUGGUUCAGGAAUGGCAGCAAGCAUACAUGGACUACGAGUUUCUGAAAGAACUCCUGAAAGAAGUGUUGAGGUUUAGGCAAAGGACCUCACCAGUAGUAACUGCAACAACUCCUAGAGGUACUUUGAGUAGAAAGGUAUCUCUAUACCGAGCAUUUAGUGGUCUCACAAACCGAUACAGGAGCGCCACAUUGAAAAUAGAUGAAGAUCAGGUGAUUCUAGUGAACCCAGUUCAUCAUCCAGGGUCGGAGUCGGAGGAGCAGUACCAGACCAUGUUCAUGAUGUCAACAGAUGAUGGGGGAGAGUAUGAGCUUGUCUUCUUCAAGAGGCUUGAUGAUGAGUUUAACAAGGUUGUCAACUUCUACAGGAAAAAGGUGAAACAAGUUUUGGAAGAGGCAAAUGAGUUAACCAGACAGAUGAAUGUUUUGAUUGCUUUAAGGAUUAGGGUUGAGAAUCCUGUGUUCAAAUUUGGAGAAGCUGAUGUAGUAAAUCUUGCUUCAAAUGGGGUUUCUUUGUCUGAUGGUGCUCAACCCUUGUAUGAUCAAAAACCAGAACGGCUGCAUAUGGAUGCUAUUCAAGAAGUUGAAAUGAGUGAAGGACCAAUGGAAGAAGAAGGUAGAAUAAGCAAUGAAUCAAAAGAAAGUAAUGAGAGAAAGGAGUAUAAAUGUGUAAAGGGAUUUAGGCCAGCUUCAUUAGAUAUUUUGGAUAAUGUAAAGAUCAAUGUUGCACCUGAAACUCCAAUCUCUACUCUGAGAGGCAUCCUCAUGAGUUCAACCUCUGACUUCUCAUUCAGCAAGGAAGAGCUAAAAAAAUCAGAAGAGUUGAUGAAACAGGCGUUUAUGGAGUUCUAUCAAAAGCUUAGACUGUUGAAAAGCUAUUGUUUCAUGAAUCAACUGGCAUUCUCAAAGAUCAUGAAGAAAUACGACAAGAUAAGUACAAGGAGUGCAGCAAAGGCUUAUUUAGAGAUGGUGGAUAAGUCUUAUCUGGGCAGCUCUGAUGAAGUUAGUAAGCUAAUGGAAAGAGUGGAACCCACCUUCAUAAAGCACUUUGCGAAUGGAAACCGUGCAAAAGGAAUGAACACUUUGAGGCCAAAAACAAAAAGAGAAAGGCAUAGGACUACAUUUCUAUUGGGCUUUCUCUCCGGUUGCUCAAUUGCUCUUGUGGUGACCAUCAUUGUGCUUGUACAAAUAAGAAAUCUUCGUAAAAAUGAAUACAGUGGUCAAUAUAUGGAAAACAUAUUUCCUCUUUACAGCCUGUUCGGAUUCAUAGUCCUACAUAUGCUCAUGUUCUCAGCAAACAUAUAUCUUUGGAGGCGAUACCGAGUCAAUUAUCCAUUUAUAUUUGGUUUGAAACAAGGAACAGAUCUAGGCUACAGACAGGUGUUUCUUCUUAGUGCAGGUCUUUCUGUCCUCUCUUUGGGUGCAGUCAUCUCAAAUUUGGAUAUGAAGAUAGACCCAAAAACACAGAGCUUCGAUUUGUGGACAGAGUUAGUUCCCAUGGGACUAGUCCUUGUUCUGCUUCUCAUAUUAAUCUUUCCUUUCAACAUACUAUACCGGUCUACUCGCUUUUUCCUUGUUGUAUCUGCUUUUCAUUGUCUCUUUGCUCCACUCUACAAGGUUACCCUUCCAGAUUUUUUCUUGGCAGAUCAGCUUACAAGCCAGGUUCAAGCCUUCAGAAGUUUAGAAUACUAUGUCUGCUAUUACUUCUGGGGAGAUUUCAGAAAAAGAGACCACAGGUGCCUCGAGAAUGAUGUGUAUAAAGCUUUCAAUCUUGUCGUAGCUAUUAUUCCAUACUGGUUUCGUCUUCUUCAGUGCAUCCGGCGGUUGCUAGAGGAGAAAGAUGGAAUGCAAGGGUUAAAUGGCCUCAAAUACUUCUCAACCAUAAUAGCAGUCUCAAUGAGAUCAAUUUAUGAACAGAAAAAAGGUCCUCUCUUUAGAUUCCUGGCUAUAGCUAGCUCUGUGAUUGCAACAAUAGCAGGCACAUAUUGGGAUCUUGUCAUAGAUUGGGGUCUUCUUAGGCGAGAUUCGAGAAACCCCUGGCUGAGGGACAAGCUUAUUCUACAACAGAAAAGUGUCUACUUUGUGGCCAUGGUGGUGAAUGUUGUGCUGAGACUUGCUUGGAUGCAGACAGUGUUGCAAUUUAAAGUUGAUUCUCUUCAUCCAAAGGUCUUAGUUGCAAUUGUUGCCUCCUUAGAAAUCAUUCGCCGUGGCAUUUGGAAUUUCUUCAGGAUCGAGAAUGAGCACUUGAACAACGUAGGGAAGUAUAGAGCAUUCAAAUCAGUGCCUCUACCUUUCAACUACGAUGACGAGGAUGAUGAGAAAGAAGCGUGAAACAUUGACAUAACAACAGAAGAUGUCAAGUGUCAACUAUUCUUUUUUUGAAGUGUUCUAGGAUAGAAUUUAUUUGUACAAAAAUUAAUUAGUUGGGUCCGUGAGUACUUGACUUGUGAGUGUGUACUCCAUGAUUCGAACCCUGAAAUUUUUUGUAUCAUUUCCCCUCUUCCCAAAAAAAAAAGGAAAAAGAAAGAGAGAGAGAGUGAAAAAAUUAUUCAAACAAAAGGAAUUUCUAUAGAAAGAAAAUAGAUGAUUUGAUCUCAUAUACCAAAAUUUUCUUCUUCUUUUUUUUUAUCUGUUAUAAAGUACAUAAGUUUUUUUUUUUACUUUUAUUUUUUCAGUUUGGCUUGCAUUUGGAGUAGAUGUUAAGUCUUUGGAUUUGGAUGUGUUUGUUGGAGAUUUGGUCGGAUUGGAGUUUUGAGAAUGGACAAUUUUUGUUCUCUUU